CAUAGAUGGAGCCUGCAGAGCUGUGGCGGCUGACAGUAGAAUUCUAACCUUUGCCUCAGAGUAUUAUGAGUUUUCUUAACUCAGGGAUAAAGAGCCAGCUCUUGGAUUUACUCUUUCUUGUAUAUCCGGGACAACAGAACUGGAACGAGGAAGCUCAUAGCUUUUUGUUUUUGUUUCUACCGAUUUGACAUCAUACAUGGCUACUGAUGGCAAUGUUCUUCAGGUUCCCUUGCGUCAGAAGCCGAGAAAGAAAACUCAAGGCUUUUUCACGAUGAGUCGGAGGAGGAUAUCCUGUAAGGACCUGGGACAUGCUGACUGCCAAGGAUGGCUCUAUAAGAAGAAGGAAAAAGGAACUUUCCUAAGCAACAAAUGGAAAAAGUUCUGGGUGGUGCUGAAGGGAUCGUCGCUGUACUGGUACAGCAGUCAGAUGGCAGAGAAAGCUGAUGGGUUUGUCAAUCUGCCUGAUUUCACUGUGGAGAGAGCAUCUGAAUGCAAGAAGAAGCAUGCUUUUAAGAUCAGCCAUCCACAGAUCAAGGCCUUUUAUUUUGCAGCUGAGAAUAUGCAGGAAAUGAAUGUGUGGUUGAACAAGCUUGGAUUAGCUGUAAUCCAUCAAGAAUCCACUACAAAGGAUGAAGAGUGCUACAGUGAGAGUGAACAGGAAGAUCCUGAAAUAGCUGUGGAGACACCACCCCCUCCCUACCCUACAGAGACUCUGUCCCCUGUGGUUGCACAGCAGGCAUCAUCAUCUCUACCCAAAGCAAGAGAAACAUCGCAUUCUUUCUCUUCCCUGGAAAAUACAGUAAAGAUACCCAGCGGUUUGUCUUCCUCAUCUAAAGACAGACAGUCCUGGAUUGACAUAGUUAGCGGUUCAUCUGCUGCAGCUGAAGACCAGGGACAGUCUAUAACAUUCGCCGUGCAGGUUCAUUCACCUGCACCCUCGGAGGCAAACAGUUGCAAGGCCCUGGAAAACAACGUGGCCGCCUCAGAAAGUGGAUUCUUGAACUCUUAUUCUAGCGACGACACUUGUCCAUUAAGUAGCAAGCUAGACCAUCUUUCUGUCCCACACAAGUCUGCUGGGUCGAAGAUGACGGACAGAGGAGAAACAAAAGUGUCCGAAGAUGAUGAAAUGGAGAAGCUCUACAAAUCAUUAGAGCAAGCUAGUCUCUCUCCUCUUGGGGACCGACGCCCUUCAACCAAAAAGGAGCUGAGAAAGUCCUUUGUUAAGCGGUGCAAAAAUCCAUCCAUCAAUGAGAAACUCCACAAAAUCCGCACCUUGAAUAGUACAUUAAAGUGCAAAGAACAUGACCUGGCCAUGAUUAACCAGCUACUGGAUGAUCCGAAGCUGACAGCCAGAAAAUACAGAGAAUGGAAAGUGAUGAACACCCUUCUGAUCCAGGAUAUCUACCAGCAGCAGCUGGCCCCUGCGUCUGCCCACGAGGGCACCCCCCAGGGACGCGAGAAACCAUCUGCCUCUGCCGGCCUUGAAAAUUCUAUUUGAGAACAAGCGAGGAUUCUCUCGCCUUACACCUUACCCCAAGCAACUCUUCAAGAUGUUGUAAGAGUUUUCCUUAAAAGGAAAACUGAAACCAGUUCGUCAAGCAGCAGCACCCUCUUAGGAAAUGCAACUUAGGUGAGGACCAGCUUCGACAGCAUCAGGACCCCGGCUUCCAGCCAUAGAGCUUCCUUCAAGACUGGGCUGACUGAGUCCUGUUGAACAAGCAUUGUGUUCCUAUGGGAGCUCGUGGCUGUGCUAGACUUCUGGUGGCCUGUGAGAAAUGUAUCUUUUGUUCCUUGCUCUCUAGAGCAUUACAACAUUCCGUGGACAAAAGAUAUAUUUUACCAGGGAUAGUCAAAGAAGUGUUCUAUUUUCCAAAAGACGAACGGACUUACUCCAUCAGGUUGGGUAGUUGAGGUCUACAAAUGAGUUUUUGAGAGGAGGGAUCUUUUCUAUACCAGCAACUGGAGCAGGACAGAUUGGGUAUUGUGGAAUCAAAUUCCCUUGCCUUUGGUCCAGAAUGGGUUGAGAAAUACUUCAUAAUGAGUGGGGUGUGGGAGAGCCCAAGGAGGAGGCGGCAGUUCUAUGUUUCUCUCUCUCAAAGGACUGCUUGAUAUUUUCCCACCUUACCCAGGUGGGGGGAUCUGAUUACCUUUUCCUUUCCAUAGCAUAGCACCUCUAAAGAAAUCUAUCUCAUUACACUUGGAGACCUCUCCUUCUUCCCAGCUUUUCUAAACCACUGUAGGAGAUAGUAAUAAGCCCAGCAAAGAGUAUUUGCUGUUUCUGUCCUUGGGUGUGGUGCCUAUGCACACAUAGAUUUAUAUCCAGUUUCCCCAGGCUCAAUAUUGACAACAUGAUUCUGGUGUCUCAGUUGUCUUAAUAUCUUUAUUCCAAACGAAACAAACAACACAAGAGUUAAAACAUGACGGUUUUAUUUUUGUAUGUUUAUGUGUCACUUUGUGUCCUAUGUGAAUAGCUAUCUAUAAUAUAUUAUUUAAGUAUAUUUAUAGAAGGUCAAAUUACUAGAGUUUUAAAAGAUGAUAUACUAUUAUUUGUUUUGCUCAGUAUAUAUCUCAGAGUAUAUCCUUUGUGCUGAGAAAAAUAGGGAUACUACUAAUCUAUUGGAGUUGUUUUGUUGCGCUAUCAGUUUGUAUGAGAAAUGCUCAGGAUACCUUGUGGGAUAAGUGUGGGGGAAUGCAUUAAUCAGCUUCCAUUUUCUGGCCCCCCCCCCCCUCUCUCUCUCUCUGCCGCUCCUUUUCAACCCAGAGUGCUCAGAGUUCUCUAUCUGUUGUACAUCAUUCUUUUAACCAGAAAAGGGCUUUCAUCUUCUGGAUAAUUCCAGAAAAGGGUUAUCCCUUCCAGUAAAUGAACUUGAAGCUUCAUGUCAUUUAUGCCCACAAAUCCUAAACCAAAGGAAACACAACUAAUGCAGUCUUUUAUCUAAAGAAUGAUAGCAGUUUGAGGGUCUGUUGUUAAAGAGAACUCACUUUAUUAGAGAAGCAAUAUGAAAGUCUUCACUUACAAACGAUCAUGAGUAUUUCUCACCACAUGAAUAACCCACAACCCACCAAAAACCCAUCUGGCCUUACCUUAGCAAAUUGUCAACAUAACAUGGCUUUAUAGCGUCAAAGUGUGGCUUGACAUUUGAAUGGAAAUAACGCCCUGAAUUUUAUCUGCAAACUAAAUGGAAAUAGUUGUUGAAUAUUUCCCCAGCCUUUACUAAGAAAUUUUAAUAUUUUGUAAAGAAAAGAUAACCUUAGCAUGACGAAAACCAAAAAACCAGGGAGCAAGCUGUAGUACUUGAAGUUUCUGUAAGAUCAGAGAUCAUGUUAAUCAAGUUACCUAGUGGAAAAUGCUGGGCAUAGGCCACAGACAUACAGCACAGGGCGGACUUUGCAGAAAUAACCAUUCAGGUCAAGUUACCUAGUGGAAAAUGCUGGGCAUAGGCCACAGACAUGCAGCACAGUGCAGACUGCACAGAAAUAAGCAUUCAGGUCUUCAGAUUGGACCUGCAACUUCUAGUUUGAGAGGUGUGGACUUUAAUUUCUUUACUUGGGAAAUUAUCAUGGUUUCUUUGUGUAACCAGCUAGCAGAAUGUCAGUUUAGGCUUCUCAAUGUAAACAAAGUUUUGAGAGGAGAGAAAAAUGGAGGAAAUAAUAAUUUGGCCACAUAUUCUCUCAUCUUUUUUAUUUUUUGCUUUGUAAUACCAGCCUAUAAAUUUCAAGAUAGUCUUUCCUAAAAUGAAGUACUCAGAAAGCUUUUGAUGAAGGCUUGCAAACAGACUUCAGUGCUUGGCUGUGGAUUUCUGUGAAUAUAUUUAACUGACCAUUUAGUGUAAAUUCCUUGAGUACUACUCAUGAUUGGGCAAAAUAGUCCAUGAGAUUCUGUGAUCAAACCCUUUGGUUAUUUUCCAAAGUCAAGCUGGUUUGGAAGCUCUUCCUUUGGGAGUUAAAGCAGGUACUGUGCGGAACCUCCCAAAUGAAAUCACAUUGCCGACUUGGUGCCCUGCUCUUCCAGACCGAGCUCAACCGCUCCUGAGUAUUGCUCUGCAAAAGCUCUUGUUCUGUAUUAUGUUGUGCUGGGAAGUAGGGGCUGCCUCUGGGAGUCCCCCAGCUUCAGCUCUGGUCACUGCGAGGAGGCUGAGGGACAGUGGGAAGCGAGGAAAAGCGGGUGACGCUGUCCGUGGCACUCAACCUGGGAACCACCUUGCCAUUUUCCUGAUCCAGUGGAUACUGGGAAAACUGGAUCACUUCGUUCAUUCCUGGGGAUCGGGUCAUUUCUGAAGUGGAUCUUGGUUAGCUUCAUGGGGCCCUAGGGGAGACUCUACCCAGUCCUGUACGCAUAGGGUCUGAGGGCUGUGGACUGACCCAGGUCCAAACCUUUGGGGGAUCUGGACUGGCCUCCUCUUUUGGGGUUGUGGGGAGGAUGGCUUCUCUCUAUUGUUAGCCUGCAGGCCCACACAGUGCCUGAUAUGGUGCCCUCCCUGGUUGGUACAUCGCCGCACAUGCUGAAUUGAUGGUCUUGAGCUUGAAGGGCAUUUGCUGCCUUUAAUAAUUCUUAGUUCUGCUGCAAUCUCAGCCUAGCAUCAAAGGCCUAGGAAGACUCUUCAGGCGCGCUAGCACAAAGACUCCAGGAAGCCUAAGAAAGAUUGUUUGGAGUCAGGUUUCCAUGGGAAACCAAUGCCUUACAUUUAUGCAGCACUUUGCAGUUUGCAGUUGGUAUGUUUCAGGCCCCCCCUUUCCCCUCCCCAGGGAUCCUUUGCGAUAAUUAUGGGUCAUCAUCACUCUUUGACCUGGGGGGAAACAAGUUCCCCCUGCGGUCCAUCUCCCUUCACCUUGCGCAGGGGCCAUGGGGACCCAGCAGUCUGACUUGGAGUGUGCCUGCCACUGCACGGAAAUGGGCCACAGCUUCUGUGAUCACCUGUUGGAAACUGAGGGCCUCUUCCUUGAGCACUGUCUCUUCCUCACAGCCCCAAAGGCCACUGUUUCCCUGGCAGCAGCCUGCUGCUGGGCUGAAGGUGAAUUGGAUUGGACCUAACCACUUGUGCUUCUUUCCUUUCACUAUGUUAUGCUGCUCAUUAGGUGCUAGAGAUCCCUGGCUGAAAGAGGUAUUUAAAGAAAUGGAGUUUGUCUUGUUUUCUUUUAAAAUGUGUCAGAAGUCAGAGACUGAGCUCAGUGACUCAGGGUUAGGCCCUUAACCUUCCUCUCCCAAUUUCUUAUCCUGUAAUUAUGAUUUCCUCAGAUAGCCUUUAAGUCACAAAUGAGAUCAUAGAGAUGAAACAGAUAAAAAGAAGAUAUAUUUUUAAGUCUUUGAGGAGAGGUGCUAUACAGAUUCCAGCCAUACCUAAAUUCAUGGACACAUGCCUCUUUUAAGAUGCUCUCAUGGAAAGGUAAUGUUUUGAAGUAGCCACAGAUUUAAGGAGUAAUUUAGGUACAGAGUAUGCUCUUCCAAAAGUCAGUAUGUAUCGAGAAGCUGUCACGUCCAGUGGAGUUUUAGGGUGCAUCUCUUCUUCAGUCUAACAAUAUAAUAUUCAAUUGAUUUUCUAAUUUCCCUCCCAGUUUUUUUGUAUACUUAUUGCAUGAAAGACAUCAGCUCCUAGAGACGCAAGGUGACUGCCUGCCUCUGUAUAGUUUUUGAUCAUAUGUAAUUAAAAAGGAAAGCCCCAGAAACUAGAUUUUAACAACCCAUACAAAAUGGCCUGGGGAGGAGGAACAAUCCUACCCCUCAUGGAAAGCCAUCCAUCUCAGUGAACAAGAUGUUGAACAGCUACAUGCUUCUCUGUGUGUGAGACAGGAAGCCAUGUCUUUACCCACUCUGUACAUCUAUACUGUCCCUAUACCACAAAGACCACAGAAAUCAUUAAAAAUGGAUUCUACAUGAAAAAAAAAAAAAAAGCUUUCAUCUCCCUUGCUGUGAGAUUUAACUGCUCUGUGUUGCUAUUUCUCUACCAGGAGUCCAAAGGGGAAGCAUGCCCCCUGGACACAUUUAGCAUCCCAUAAUAAAUACCAGGAUUUUAAAUCACUAUAGAUUUUAAUGUCCUUGCAUGGUGGGGACGGGACUUUGUGCACUGCAUGGUGUUGGGGGACAAGACAUUAAUGUGGAAAUGCUACCUGCAAUUUCAUUGUAAUUUCAAUCUUGGUCACCGUAUUCUCUUCAACAGAACUGAGAAAAAGAGGCAUGGUUCAUUUCUCCUGUUUUGUUUUUUGAAGUUGAUUUGUAAGAUAAAAAUAAAAACAAGAGACAAGAAGUCUCAUAAAAUGACAUGGAAAAAGCUUGAAAUAUACUACUGGUGUUCAUUUUCUGCCCCGCAGUAUUGCUUCCUCAAAGAAACUCCCUGGGAAGUGCUUGGUGGCUGGGCUUUUAUCUUCUACAAAGGUUAUGGUGCUCUCUGCUGGCUGUCACAAGAAUAAUUGCUUCUAGACGGUGUUUUCAUUUUUAAAG